ACGAGGAGAAGUGGAGGCGGCUAUGGCCAUGGCGAUGGCGCCCUCUCUGUGAGGAUCCCUCCCUAUACCUACAUUCUCUCUCCUCGGCGCUCGAUCGCCUCCGCCAAUCCUUUCUUCGUGACGGCGUAUCGAAGAUACUCUUCCUCGCUGGGUGAGAGCUCUUCCUCUCGCGAUCGGAUCUUCGCUAGUCGAUCGAGCGAGCGCCGCUGGGCAGGGAGCGCCAGGGGGUUACCGGGAUUGCGCGGGGGCCGAAAUAUUUUGGGAUUCGAUCAAGAAUGCGUGCCACAGCCGUGACGGCAUUGCGCCACUCGCGAUCGAUCGCAUCAUAGGGCCGGCCAUGGCAACGGGCUGAUUAUCUAUCUGGCCAGCGGGGAGUGGCAGCUGGACCGCAAGAGUAUUUCUAGCUAGCGCUCGGUUGAUCGAGCAGUGAUCUCCAUCCAGUUGAGGAAGAAGAAGCAAAUGGCCCUGCCCUUGUUCCUGCUGCUGCUGCUGCUACUGUUGCAUCAAGCGAUCGACGCCGCACCCACUGCCGAUGCCACAGCCGCGGAGCUCCAAGCCCUUCUCUCCUUUAAGCAAGCGCUCACUGGCGGCUGGGAUGCUCUCGCCGACUGGUCAGAUAAGUCCGCCUCCAAUGUGUGCGCUUUCACGGGGAUCCACUGCAAUGGGCAGGGCCGGAUCACUUCUCUCGAGCUUCCGGAGCUCAGUCUCCAGGGCCCUCUCUCACCAUCGCUCGGGAGCUUGAGCAGCUUGCAACACAUUGACUUGAGUGGCAAUGCUCUGUCCGGGAGUAUCCCCGCCGAGAUUGGAUCGUUGGGCAAGCUGGAAGUUCUCUUUCUCGCCAGCAAUCUUCUCUCGGGGAGUCUGCCGGACGAGAUCUUUGGCCUGAGCAGUUUGAAGCAGCUGGACGUGAGCUCCAAUCUCAUCGAGGGAAGCAUUCCGGCCGAGUUUGGCAAGCUCCAGCGUCUCGAGGAGCUGGUGCUCAGUCGAAACUCUCUCCGUGGCACUGUUCCUGGCGAGAUUGGAUCGCUUCUCAGACUCCAAAAGCUGGAUCUCGGAAGUAACUGGCUCUCGGGAAGCGUCCCAUCGACGUUGGGCUCUCUCCGAAACCUCAGCUAUCUUGAUCUCAGCAGCAACGCUUUCACCGGCCAAAUUCCUCCGCACUUGGGCAACUUGUCGCAGCUCGUCAACCUCGACCUUUCCAACAAUGGCUUCUCCGGGCCUUUCCCGACGCAGCUCACGCAGCUCGAGCUCCUCGUCACCCUGGACAUCACCAACAAUUCGCUGUCGGGUCCCAUUCCUGGGGAGAUUGGACGUCUGCGAAGCAUGCAAGAGCUUAGCCUGGGUAUCAACGGUUUUAGUGGGAGUCUUCCGUGGGAGUUUGGAGAGCUCGGCAGCCUCAAGAUUCUGUACGUUGCCAACACCCGCCUCUCGGGGUCUAUACCUGCGAGCCUUGGAAACUGCAGCCAGCUCCAGAAGUUUGAUCUCUCCAACAACCUGCUCAGCGGUCCUAUCCCCGACUCGUUUGGAGACCUGAGCAACCUCAUUUCGAUGAGCCUGGCGGUGUCACAGAUCAACGGGAGCAUUCCAGGAGCUCUUGGAAGGUGUCGAAGCUUGCAAGUCAUCGACCUUGCUUUCAAUCUGCUGUCAGGCCGGCUGCCCGAGGAGCUGGCCAACUUGGAGAGGCUGGUGUCCUUCACUGUGGAGGGGAACAUGCUUUCGGGGCCGAUACCGUCGUGGAUUGGGAGGUGGAAAAGGGUGGACUCCAUACUGCUUUCUACCAACAGCUUCACGGGAAGUCUUCCUCCGGAGCUUGGCAACUGCAGCUCUCUCCGAGACCUGGGAGUCGACACCAAUCUCUUGUCUGGGGAGAUUCCAAAGGAGCUUUGUGACGCGCGGGCCUUGAGUCAGCUGACGCUCAACAGGAACAUGUUUUCCGGAAGCAUCGUGGGGACAUUUUCCAAGUGCACCAACUUGACGCAGUUGGAUCUCACGUCCAACAAUCUCUCCGGGCCACUUCCGACCGAUCUGCUUGCGCUUCCGCUGAUGAUCCUCGACUUGAGUGGGAACAACUUCACAGGGACACUCCCGGACGAGCUCUGGCAGUCGCCGAUUCUGAUGGAGAUAUACGCAAGCAACAACAACUUUGAGGGCCAGCUUUCACCACUGGUCGGAAACUUACACAGUCUGCAGCACUUGAUCCUCGACAACAACUUCCUCAACGGCUCACUCCCUCGUGAGCUUGGAAAGCUUUCCAACUUGACGGUCCUUUCGCUCUUGCACAACCGCUUGUCCGGCUCCAUUCCAGCGGAACUUGGUCACUGCGAGAGGUUGACUACCCUCAACUUGGGGAGCAACUCGCUGACGGGGUCUAUUCCCAAAGAAGUUGGCAGGCUCGUGCUGCUCGACUACUUGGUGCUGUCCCACAACAAGCUCACCGGUACCAUACCGCCAGAGAUGUGCUCCGACUUCCAGCAGAUUGCCAUUCCGGACUCGAGCUUCAUCCAGCACCACGGUAUACUCGACUUGUCGUGGAACGAGCUCACGGGUACCAUACCUCCGCAAAUCGGUGACUGCGCAGUGCUGGUUGAGGUUCACUUGCGGGGGAACCGGCUUUCAGGCAGCAUUCCCAAGGAGAUUGCCAAGCUAACCAACCUGACGACCUUGGAUCUUUCCGAGAAUCAGUUGAGUGGAACGAUUCCUCCACAACUCGGCGACUGCCAGAAGAUUCAAGGACUGAACUUUGCAAACAAUCACCUCACUGGCAGCAUUCCCUCCGAGUUUGGCCAGCUCGGUCGCCUGGUGGAGCUCAACGUCACUGGCAACGCACUAUCCGGGACAUUGCCGGACACCAUUGGGAACUUGACGUUUCUAUCUCAUCUGGACGUGAGCAACAACAAUCUCAGUGGUGAGCUGCCGGACUCGAUGGCACGCCUGUUGUUCCUUGUCGGGCUCUACGUCCAGAACAAUCGGUUUACCGGGGACAUCCGUGGCCUUCUCACUGAAAGUGCUGCAUGGCACCAAGUACAGGUUUUGGAUCUCAGCCAUAAUUUAUUUCGAGGAGCGAUACCAAGCAGCAUCGGUAACUUAUCUGGUCUCUCGUACCUCAGUCUCAAAGGCAAUGGCUUCAGCGGUGCUAUUCCUACGGAGCUUGCCAACUUGAUGCAGCUCAGCUACGCAGACGUCUCCGACAACGAGCUAACAGGAAAGAUACCCGACAAGCUUUGCGAGUUCUCCAACCUGAGCUUCUUAAACAUGUCCAACAACAGGCUGGUUGGUCCCGUCCCAGAGCGAUGCAGCAACUUCACUCCACAGGCGUUUCUCUCGAACAAGGCUCUCUGUGGCAGCAUUUUUCGCUCCGAAUGCCCGUCAGGGAAGCACGAAACGAACAGCUUGUCGGCGUCAGCUCUGCUCGGGAUCGUGAUAGGCAGCGUGGUGGCAUUUUUCAGCUUCGUCUUUGCGCUGAUGAGGUGCCGGACGGUCAAGCACGAGCCUUUCAUGAAGAUGUCCGACGAAGGCAAGCUGAGCAACGGCUCCUCCAUAGAUCCUUCGAUGCUGUCCGUGAGCAAGAUGAAGGAGCCUCUGAGCAUCAACGUCGCCAUGUUUGAGAGGCCUCUUCCGCUGAGGCUGACGCUGGCCGACAUCUUACAGGCAACUGGCAGCUUCUGUAAGGCCAACAUCAUUGGAGACGGUGGCUUUGGGACGGUGUACAAGGCCGUUCUUCCCGACGGGAGGAGCGUCGCGGUGAAGAAGCUGGGCCAGGCGCGGAACCAAGGCAACCGGGAGUUUCUGGCGGAGAUGGAAACGCUUGGCAAGGUGAAGCACCGGAACCUGGUCCCGCUACUGGGCUACUGCUCGUUUGGCGAGGAGAAGCUGCUCGUCUACGACUACAUGGUGAACGGGAGCCUCGACUUGUGGCUGCGAAACCGAGCGGACGCUCUCGAAGUCCUCGACUGGCCCAAGAGGUUUAAGAUCGCGACGGGGUCGGCUCGGGGCCUGGCCUUCCUCCACCACGGACUGGUACCGCACAUCAUCCACAGGGACAUGAAAGCUAGCAACAUCCUCCUGGACGCGGAGUUUGAGCCUCGGAUAGCCGACUUCGGCCUCGCCCGUCUCAUCAGCGCUUACGAAACUCACGUCAGCACGGACAUCGCGGGGACUUUCGGCUACAUCCCUCCGGAGUAUGGCCAGAGCUGGAGAUCCACAACCAGGGGGGACGUGUACAGCUAUGGAGUGAUCCUGCUGGAGAUCUUGAGCGGCAAGGAGCCAACCGGGAUCGAAUUCAAGGACGUGGAGGGAGGCAACCUCAUCGGAUGGGUGAGGCAGAUGAUCAAGCUCGGGCAAGCAGCCGAGGUGUUGGACCCGGACAUCUCCAACGGGCCCUGGAAGGUGGAGAUGCUCCAGGUGUUGCAAGUCGCGAGCCUUUGCACGGCCGAGGAUCCGGCGAAGAGGCCCAGCAUGCUCCAAGUCGCCAGGUAUCUCAAAGACAUCGAAUCCAACAGCUCGGCCGGAUCGGUGGGGGUGGCGCCGCCGCCCCAAACUCCACUCCAAAGCGUCGGGGUUUGAGUUUAGUGAUCUUCUUUCUCUUCUCAUGUACACUACUGAAAAGCUUCAUUGUUCUCCAUAGCUGAGCUUCUGAAAGUACAAAAAUUUGAAUUUGAAUCUGAAUUUUAAAACUGUGAA